GCAUGGUAAUGGAUAUGACAAUGUUAAUGUAUUUGGGCUUGGCGGAAUAGAUCUGCUACGCUGCUGCUGCUGUAGAUUAUUGCUGUUGUUAUAGAUUAUUUCUGCUGCUGAUAAUGCUGCUGCAGAGCAAGUACAGGAACUUGCUACUGUCAAUACAUAUGACGAUAUGCUGCUGUGAGUAAGACAUAGUGCUGCUGCACAAAUAGCAUAUAUCAAUAACCCAUAGCAGAUCUAUACAGGUGGAGCUGGGGAAGGUGGAGGGUUUUAGAGGAACUGUGCAUGCUGCAAACUGCUAUAGUGAAUGUAACCAGCCAUUUAAAUGUGUGAGCAACAAGCUCAUUGGCUGCAGAUCAUGUGACAUGGACCAAUAAGCUUGUGACAAGUAAUUAACCCUCUACUGCAAACAUGUUGAUGGCACAUGAAAAAAAAAUAUAUUCCACAUCAUUUUUUGGUUCAUUUGGGAACAUUCUAUUGAUAAAAUAAAUUUUGGACCCCCCACGCCAAAAUAUUUUUUCGUGCAACGAUGGUACAGAAUCAUAGAGAAAAUUAUCAUCAAAAUCAAAAAAAUUUUAAAAAAAUGUCAAGAAAUCAUUAAGUAAAAAGGGAAAAACACUUGAAAGUCACUGAUAUAUUGAAUUUGAUACAUGCAUAGGUCUGUAUCAUGUAGUGUGUCAUGCCAUAUAAUGUACUUCAUGUAAUAAGAUUUCACUCCAUACGAAACUUCAAAAAGCACUUCUUCUCUGCUGUGAAAUAGUGGUGUAUGUUACAAUUUUUGCACAUCACUUUGUGUGUUCCUGAACACCCAGGAACCCGUUAUCGCACAACGUUGCCCUGAGGCAACGAAAAGAAAAACUGAAUUUCUGAACAUGCAAAAUAAAAAAAACUUAAUAAAACCUGACAAAAGGCUUCUCUACACCUUCAUACACACACAUAUUUUUUAUGUACAGUUCAUGUCAUUUUAAAUAAGAUUACUAAAGCAAAUAAUCUUGCCUUCUACUCACACCAUGUGCUCCUGUGACUAUGUGUCAAAACAGGACGUCCCACCUUUAAAUGGUGCUUGAUAGUGACUCCAACACCUUACUGGACUGUUCUUUGGUACUUUCUCGACCUUUCUAAUUGGUUGUAAUCAUUAAUUUACUAAACAUAAUUUAUAAAUUUACUAAACAUAGGGCUUAAGAAAACUUUUUGUUGCCUGAGGGUAACACUGUGCUGUAGAGGGUUAAUGCUGUUAUUAUAAACAGCUUGCGUUAAGGACCCAUCAGCCUGUGCCAUCUAGAGUUUUAUGACUGAACUAUGUAACUUUUCACAAAACUUUUUUAAAGAAUUAAAACUUAAAAAAAAAAAACUUUAGAAGUAUUUCUCUAAAAAUAGUAGUCUUCAAAAAGUUUUAAUGUGCACUAAAAAAUACAUUAAUGAUUUCUUUAAAAGAUCAUUGAAUUGUCAGCACUGCUCUGAUAAGAAUAAGUGUUGGUCAUGAAGUCUGUAGGUUCAGUUGGGACAACCAUAAGCUGCAGUUACUGUCAUUGUAUGAAAAGAGCUGCAUGAAUAUUCUACAAAUAUCUCCUUUCUGUGUUCGGUGGAACAAGCAAGAACAAGCAUGUAAUCUGCCCCAUUACUUCAUCUGAUAAAAAGGCUUUGUAAUAAUAGCUUUGGAAUAUUUAAGCUCAAAUAUAUGUACUGAGCCACACCUUAACCAGCACCAUUGUAUAGCCUCACCUGUUUUACAUCGAGUAAUGGCCAAGAAAGACAAGGCCUUUAGUUUUAAUAUCAAGGCUAAGCAGAGUCUGAAACCAUAACAAGCUCAGGCAAGCACAAACUAUGUCUGUACUUGCGGGUCUUCCUGUGAAUGUAACUUUGUGAUUUUUAUUUUUUUUAUUUUUUAGAUCCAGUACAUUGAUGCUCUCAUGAAAUAUGUAAACCUCCCAGUAAAAUCACUGUCUUAUGGUUUCAAGAUACAGAAAAUAAGACCAGACUGGUUUUAAUACUUGAUAACGUGAGGAUAAGAAUACGGAGGCAUAAGGUCUUCCUGUUGUGCUUACUGGGGAUUUGUGUCAUUUCCUUCCUUCAUUACUGCAAACCCCUACACAAUACUUCCCUGCUACAGGAGCUCUCAUCUUCCUCCACCCAUCUAAAGACUCUGAGGAUGUUCAGCAGGAUCUUCUGGAGUUUUACAGCUUCUGACUUUCCUUCCCAGCAAGACUUGCACAAAGACAGCUACCUGAAGGAAGAGGCUUCAUCUUUUUUGAUUCUGCCAGAUCCUCCAGAUGGGAAACUUCAUGAACGUACCUUUGUACUCCAUGAUGAUUCCACACCCUUUUUCGUCCACACCAAAUCCGGAGCCUUGUGCUUCCGCGAGGGGACUGAUAUGGCCACCUCUACAUCUCACCGCAGGUUACUGCAACAUCACAAGAAGAAAAACAGCUCCAAAGACGACACAAUCAAUGCAGGCAAGAAGGUGGUUCAGUGUCCCUGUCGGCAGGGUUGGCACGGCCCUCACUGUGGCAUACCUACAAUUGUGUAUCAUUCCAAUCUCCCGUCCAAGUCAAAAGUAACACCCAGAAAAGUUCCACGUCGAGUCAUCAAUGCCAUCAACAUCAACCACGAGUUUGACCUACUACACGCUCGAUUUCAUGAACUUGCAGAUGUUGUGGACAUGUUUAUGGUUUGCGAAUCCAACUUUACCGCGUACGGUGAAUCGAGACCCCUUUAUUUCCGGCAUCUGAUCCUAAACGGAACGUUUGACUACAUUAAGCACAAGAUUUUGUACAUCUUCCUGGACCACUUUCCAGAUGGCGGGCAUGCGGAUGGCUGGAUCGCGGAUGAUUACCUGCGCACAUAUUUGACUAAAAAUGGAAUGCCGAGGGUUCAGGGUCUCAAAGCGGACGAUGUUUUUAUCAUCGAUGAUGCGGAUGAAAUUCCUGCUCGAGAUGGAAUCCUUUUCCUCAAACUCUACGACGGCUGGACGGAACCGGUCGGGAUACACAUGCGCAAAUCACUCUAUGGAUUUUAUUGGAGGCAGUUUGGAACGUUAAACAUCUUAUCUGCUUGCACGGCAGAUAUGCUCUUUAAGGUUUACAAGGGAGAUGGGAUUCUUCUUCGGCGCCGUACCUAUUAUUCCUUGUCGGGAUUCCGGGAAUACGAGAAGUCCACGGGACGCAUUCUAAUACCGUGGGCCAUCGGAAGCCCCAUACACUAUGCUGGAUGGCACUGCUCUUGGUGUUUCAAACCAGAAGGGAUUUAUUACAAGCUCAUAUCAGCCCAGAAUGGAGACUUCCCACGUUGGGGCGAUUACAGGGAGAAACGGGAUAUAAGUUAUAUUAAAGAGUUAAUACGGACAGGGGGUUGGUUUGAUGGGUCUUUGCCAAACUACCCACCCACAGACCCCAAAGAGCAUAUGUAUGCUCCCAAAUACAUCCUGGAUAACUAUAAUAAAUAUCGCUAUUUGCUGGAGAACCCUUAUGCCAAAGAGAGACGUUAAGAGAAACGGGUCUGUUUCAAGUGGGCAUAUACUAAGUUAACCUGAUGGUUUCUGUAUCCAUAAUGGAGAUCUACAGAGAGCGCUAGUCAUAUUGAGACUGCCGUAUAAAUUGCCUCAGUGCAUUAGUUGCAUUGAUUCUCAAGAUAAGUCAUCACUAUUCUCUCCCUUUUUUACAGUAAAAAUAUCAUCCUUUAAAAUCAGCAUAAAGUCAAAAUGGACAAUUCUUACUUUUUAUGGAAUACUGCUGUAUUUAUCCAUUCACAUCAUUUUUUUUUAAUUCAUGUGCUCUUACUCUUUAAUCAAAAUAACUUCCCCUCCCUCUUGCAGCAACAUCUCUUCUCUGAUGAUAUGUUUCCUGGCGUGAGGGCGGGGCAACCUGCCACUCACAUGAGAUUGACCAAUAGCAAACCACAACCAUCAAGUCAAUUUCCCAUGGACAAGAUCAAGUCCCGCCCUACAUUUUUUCUUAUUCGAGAACCUGUUUCAGUCGGAUAUACGUCACAAUAGGGAAGAAAAGACUAUUACAACUUCCAUUUCACGCCGACUUUAAACAAGAUAAAUAAUAUAAAAACAAUAAUAAUAUAAAAAAUAAAUAAUAUGUUAAGGCUUGUUUUCAGAGAAUAUCUUAAUUUAUUUCUUUUUUUUCUUACCUCGACAAAUUUCUUAACAAAUUUCUUAUUUUAUGGUUUGACAGAUUUAUGCAUAAAACAUUUAAAAACUUACUUCAAGAUAUAUUGAGGGAAAAAGUGUUCUUACAAAGAGUUGCAAAGUAAAAUGGUCUUGUUUAUGCAAGAUGAUAAAAAAAAAACUCUUAAUGAGUAUUGUAUAUAUUAAAAUGAUUUUCACACUUUAAACGACAAUAAUAUUGCAGCCGUAAUGCCACUUUUAUGUCCACUGAACUAUAAUGGCCCAUCACAGUCUGUUAGAUCUUGCUGAUGGCUUGAGUUUCAAGGCUUUCACAGGGUCUAUCAUGCUCUGUUUGCUUGGAUAUACAGAUAUGUUAAGCGUUUUGAAUGUGCUUUGAAACCGGAACUCCAGUCAGGAACUGAAUUUGCUUUGUCAGCGUAGUUAGCAGCAAAUGGAAAGAAAUUAUGUGAUAACAAACAUUAGUAGCCAAAGACAAAUAUGAGAAGUUUUAGAAAGCAAGGCAUUGAAAAGGUCGUUCAAACCUUAAGGUUCAAAAUCAAGUGAAUUCAGUUAUUAGUUCAUGCAUUCCCUGACUUUGCUCUUGUUUGAGAUACAGGCAUUCUUUCACAAAGUUAACUUUCACUUUGCCAGUUAAAAUGAUAUUGUAUUAGACAAAUCAAUUAAAGUGCACUGCUUAAUUUAAAUGAAGCUAUUUUUUUUUUAAGUGUUAACUUUUAAUACUGGCCUCAUCUAUAAUGUUUCCUCUGUGCCUUAUUAUUCUGAGUAGCAUAUGUGCCAUUUUAACUGCUGUUAACAUCCUUCUGUGAAUUAAUAGAAAAAAAAAUAUACAAACUAACUGGCCAGAUUUUGUCUGAAAUGUCUGAAAGUCACAUAAUAGACCCUUUUUACCUUUUUGGGGUUCUCAGAAGUGGAAGUCGUCAUAGUUGGGACGCGGCUGUUUGUAAAUUUAAUGUGUCUGCCUGGCUUCAGUUCAAAACAGCAAAACGGGUGCUUGAUAUUGCAAACUGGUAUUACUUACCAUUUUAUUUUAAUGUAUUAUCUUCAUUAUAAUCACGCUGGUUUGAAGCGCAAACAAUUUUACAGUUUAUUGCACUUUGAUUAUUGGCUUCUUCUCCUUAUUUCCCUAUCCAACUUAUUGCUGACUAGCCUACUGCGUUUUGAAUUAUGGGUGGUACAAUGGGAAAUUCCAUUCAAAAAGACUGAAAUGAAUCAUUUUAAAUCAUAAGAUUGCCUUACAAAUAAAGCGGAUAAUUAUCCGUAGCCUAAAUUUGACUGAAUGAGCUGUCAAUUUUACUUUUAUGUUUUAUUUUCAGACAUCAUGAGAAUAACGUAACGCUUUUAUUUUUAUUUUAACGUGACAUGUUAUAACAAGAAUUCUUUUCCUCAUGAUUAUUUUUUCCCCUUUGCAUUCCGCUGUAAUAGUAUGAAAAAGGACAACAUAUACUGCACAUUUGUGGUCUGUUCUCCCGAUUUAAUUUAGGAUAUAUCUUAUUAAUAAUUCACUGGAAUACACAAAUAAUCUCUUGUUUUCUCCUCAAAUCCUCACGUCUAUUUCCAGGUUUGUUUUCACAGAUAAAUACAAUUUAUUACUUUGAAAUAGUAUCACGCAUAUAUAUAUAUCUUUUUUUUUUUGGAUUGCAGCUAAUAAAUCGGAAGUCUCGCACAUUCACAGAAAACACCUUACUUCCGCGUUGAAAAAUAAGGUGGAUAGCGCUGUAAAUGUAUAUUAUUUUUUUAACAAAAUGAAUAUAUGAAAACUUUUCUAGAUUUGCAAUGUUGAUAACUGAAAAUUAUCAAUAUUAACCUCUUUUUUAUUGAAUUUUUGUAUUCAAAAUAUAGACCUAACCCUAUUGUUGCACUAAAUCUGCCUGGCUGUGGUAUUAGUAGCAUCAGCACUCUUGCUCAUGUGAUUGCUUUUAUCUCAGGUAGAAAUAUUGCCAAGUUGACGAGGUUUAGAAAUAAUACUGAAUUGUCAGUGGCUCUAGUCACUCAGGUGGGUGGUUUCCUAUGGGACCAGAGGGCAAUGGUGCGUCUGUUUCCCCUAGACCUCACAGGGGCAGAGAGCCGAAAUCAAAUCCGAACUGCUUUGUCUUUUUCCUACACAGCAGAGAUGCAACCUCGUUUAACCUGCUCAAAUGCUGGUUAUGGGACUUUUGCCAAUAUACACAAAGAGCGCAAGUUUGUUAUAUUUGAAUACAUUGUUAAAUCUCCUAACAAGACCAGCCUGCUUAAGAGGAACAGAUUACAUUUCUUCAAUCUCUAUUGUUUAUUUACAGAUACUUGUGUUCAUACAACAAUAGCCAAACAUGCAUUAGUGUGGAAAGAGAAGUUACGCUUCAAAACCCCAUUGUCUUGUGAUCACAUACUUGUUGAACUUCCCUUAUAUGAUGUUCCUUUUACACAAUAUAAUGUCAUCUGAUUUGUAGUCGAGUGAUAGUGACCCUUGAGAGAAAAUCAAGUAAUUGUUGUUUACAUGAGAAAUGUUGUCGUAGGGCCAACAUUUUGAAUGACUGUACUUCCUGUAGAGAAAUUAGAAACCAUAAUCUGUACAAUCAGUAGGUCAAAUGAUUGUUUGUCCUGUCUACAUGUACAGCAGUUUUGUGAAUCAAAUGAUAACACUGGAUCUACUGUCAUUGUUUCUUCAUCAUUUAAUGAUUGCUGUGCAAUUACUGAUAUUUCAGAUCGUAUUUAAUGAAACAAGAAUGUAUUUUUCAUGUGUGUUGCACAGGAAUUUUGGAAACACUGUGGAUAAUUUUACUUAAUAAUGUUGAUUGCUCUUAUAUGAAAAAUUUAAAUUUAUGGUUGCUUUUACAAAUGAUUCAUGUAGGAGGUGAUUUGUUUGUAUGAAAUAUGUAUUUGAGAAAAAAUAAAAUCUUCUUUCUAA